AUCAUCAUUAUCAUCGUUAUGCAUCAUGUUUUCAAAGUUUAAAAUAUACAAAAAAAAAAAAAAAAAUACCAGCCGUGGUGAUUUCGAUUUUUCGUCAAUUUGUGUUUGUGUUGGCUUGAUUUACAAUCAUUCAUCGAAUCCGUUACCAUUGUUCAACAUAGAUGGCGUUAAUCAUCAUCUUUUAUUGUUUUUUUUUCUCAUUAAAUGACAAAAAACAAUCAACGAUCAGGACAUAUGGUUCUCGUCUUGUUGUGUUUAUGAUCACAGGAUUUGACAGUGAUGAUUUUUUGUAUUUUUUUUCCCAUAAAUUUUGUUUGUCACUUUUCAUUUAUAAAUAAAAGAUUAUAAAGUCCUCAUGAUGAUGAUAUUUUCUAAUCGUUUGUUAUUGUUAAUUUUUAUAUCGGUCAUAUAUUUCAAAUCUGCUAAUGCAGAUGAGAUAUUCGUUAAUGGUGAUAAUAAAACAUUGAUUAAUGUUGAUUCAAGUUACAAUAUACAUCUGAAAUCAAGAAAUUUUCCACUUUCAUAUCAUUUCAAAUAUAUUUUUAAUAUACCUGAAUUAAAUAUUCACGAUGAAAUAUUCAUUUUUUCCACUAAUAUUGAUUGGCGAUGGAAUUUUACGAAAACAGGAAACUAUCAGCUCAACAUUCAGGUAUUUCUUUAUCCAUUUUAUAAUAUGAUUUAUGGAUGGAAAAUUGCGGAAACAAAUGUUCCACUGGAAAUCGAUGAUAAUUUGGACAAUUCAAUUUCAAUCGAUGCUAAACAAAAUGUAUCCAGUUUGACAACAGAUUAUGUUUUUGCAAUUAACAAAACUAUUGGUUUUUCACUCAAUAUUGAUCCACAAAGUAUAUUGACUCGUUUUGCUGAUCGUAUUUCAUAUGAAUGGAAUGUUGAAGGGCCUGGUGUGAACAAAACAAAAAUUCCACAGAAAACAUUUGAUUUUGUUUUCGAAUCAUUGAAUGAAUAUUCAAUUUCACUUCAAAUAUCGACAACGUUUCCACACAAUCAAAUGAAUUUCAGUGGCAAAACGGUAAAGAAGAUACAGAUAAAAAAUCCCAUUACUGAUGUUUCUAUAUCGGGCAAUAAUUUUGUUGAAAAUGGAUCACUAUUACAUUUGAACAUUACCUGUAAUGGUAGCUCCAACUUUUUACUAUGUCAUGAUUUUGCUCCAAUCAAAUCGAAUGAUUCUUGUUUUGAAUCCGGUAGAGUUUUAUCGAAUUGUGAUUAUCAAAUAACUCAUUAUUUUCCUGAAAAUGGAACCAAAUACGUUAACAUUGGUAUCCGUAAUGAUGUGAGCACAGUUUAUCGUAAUGUAAAGAUUACCAUUUAUAAGAUUGGUCCGAAACCAUCGUUUGCUUUUGUCAUCAUACCAUUGAUUAGUCUAUUAUUAAUUAUUGUGAUUGUCGUUGUCGGUAUAACACAUUUCAUUGGACAACGACGACGUAUGAAUGCUACAAUAGAGGUGGCAACUAUUGAUAAUUUUGCCAUAUAUAAUGAUGCCAAUUUAGGCGAUGAUGAUAUGCAAACAUUAAUGGGUGAAAAAACAUUCUGUCGUCGUGUUAAGGAUUCAUUCAUUGAAACAUUGUGUCCAAAGUGAUGGAAAAGAUUCAAAAGAAUUUUUUUACUAAUAAAAAUAACAAUCAUCGAUAUA